AUGCCACGCCCAACAAUCGGGGCUGAUUGUAAAGAUUUUGUGAAAGGAUGGAAUGAGAUUGAAAAUGAUUGUCGUCGACGAUUAUUAAAUAAAACAAUCCAACAUGUUGAAGAUAUUAUUAAUGAUUGUAAUAGAAAGAUUCAGUCUGUUUUUGAUUCUGUUGAUAAUAAUAAACGAUUAGAGAUUGAGAUGUUAGUGGAUGAAAAAUUAAAACCAGUGUUGAAAAAGUCAUGA